AUGGGAGCUCCGGCUCUGCCCACCCUGGGCUAUGUCCCGGGCCAGAUGGCACCGGGCGACUUCCGCCCGCAAGCCGACGCCUUGCGCAAGGCCAUGAAAGGAUUUGGCACUGAUGAAAAGGUCCUGAUCCAGGUUCUCUCGAGCCUGGAUCCCCUCCAAAUGGCGGCCGUGCGCGACACCUACUCCAAACACCUCAAACGUGAUCUGUACAAUGAUGUCAAGUCCGAGACAGGCUCAUUCUUUGGGGAUGCCCUGCUCGCGAUCAUCGAAGGUCCACUCCAGUACGACAUCAGCUGCGUGCACGAGGCAGUAGACGGUGUCGGCACCAAGGAAUGGCUUCUGAACGACGUCCUCCUCGGCCGGUCGAACACGGAUCUGCUCGCCAUCAAGGACGGCUACCGCCGGCGCUACGGCCGCGACUUGUCCAAAGACGUCGAGGACGACCUCUCUCAAGACGGAGACCCUCUUCAACGCGGUGCUCCGCUGCACGCGGCACGAGGAGUGCGCUCGAUCCACAACGCGACGGUCGGCCGCAUGCAAAACAACGUCAUCGAGGUGUGCGGCAUCUUCGCCCGAUCCUCGGACAACGAGCUCAGGGCCAUCAACAAGGGCUUCCGCGACCGCUACAACACGCAUCUCGAGAAGCACCUUGACAAAGAGUUCUCCGGCCACAUGGAAGAUGCGCUGUUGCACAUGCUGCGCACGGCGAUCGACCCGGGUAUGCGCGAUGCUAUCUUGCUGGACGAGUGCAUGAAGGGAAUGGGCACGAAGGAUGAGCGGCUGGCGGUGCGCGUCGUCCGGUUGCACUGGAACCCGCAGCACAAGGCGAAGGUCAAGGAGGGGUAUCGCCGGCUGUUCAAGACGGAUCUGAUCCAGCGGAUCAAAGAAGAGACGUCAGGUGAUUUUGAGCGCUUGUUGGUUGCCCUGCUACAGUAG